AUGCUGAAGCCAGCGAGUGCAGCAGGCCAGCAAGCGGCCGUGAAGCUCACUGCGGGGUGCAUCCGCCGCUUGGCCGAGGGUGUCCCGUGUGCGACGCUGGCGCCCCUGGUCCAGGUGGUGGCCAAGAGAGUUGGCAGAGACAAUGCUCAGGACGAGUUUGCGGACCGUCGAACAACCCUGAGCAUUUCAGAUGGCCAACACUUCAUGUUGGCUAUCCUGUCGCCAGACAUCCAGGAUCCAGCUGAAGGGAGCAUCAUCCAGCUGUUGGAAUGGAAGCGUGGGGCCUAUGAAGGCGGGCUUACCUUGAAUGAUUGGGAUCAAAGCUCUGCACAAGUCUUUGACGUGGUGGGCCCGCCAGUAGGCAUCCACACCAUCAGCUUAGGCACCCCUGAUCGCGUGGAGAAGGUGGAACAGGCCCUUGCAUGCGGCUGCGAGCUGCUGUGA